UGUCUUGGCCUCUACCGCCACGCCGACAUAGCCAGCAGCCGCCCUCAGGAGAUUACCGAGCCUCCCAACUCAGCCGAACCAGAAAAUGAUGUCUGCAGGAGCGGGUGCCGCUGCGGCGGGAGCAGCAGCCCCGAAGGCGAGCGAUCUGGAAGUACGGGACAUCACGGACCUUGUGUGCAAGGCCGAUUGUUACUGUCUCAAUCAACUGUCGGGAGCAACAUGGGAAAACCUCUUCCAGGAGGAUGACCGGCUGAUGCUUCAGUCAGACGCCGAUGAGCAAUUGCUCUUGCAUGUGGGCUUCAUGGAGACUGUGAAGCUACACUCGAUAGAUUUCGUCGCCCCUCCGGACGACACGGCUCCAUUGACGGUGAAACUCUAUCUUAACCGGAAUAGCAUGGGAUUCAGCGACACGGACGACAUGGCGCCCGCGCAAACGUUGGAGCUGACGAAGGAAGAUUUGGUGGCCGGUUCAGCGUCUGUGUUGAAGUUCGUUAAGUUUCAAAGGGUCUCCGGCCUUUCGAUUUUCGUCGCGGACAACAACGGCGCGGAGCAUAGCUGCUUGUCGAGCCUCCGGUUCUUCGGAACCCCCGUGGCAACGACCAAGAUGGGAGACUUCAAGAAGGUCGAAGAGGGGGCAUGAUUGAUCGGAGCUUCAUGUCUCGAUGUAUUUGGGUGUGGUGCUUCUGGAUAGAACGACGGUGACAUCCAAGAAGAUUUGGUUAGAGAAGCAGGCGUCUCCUCCGGGUCUUUUUUGUGCAAAGAUAUAUAUCGGUGAAUGCCUGGUGUUGUGACAGGACUGGUUGCCCAUGAGGCGGUCUUGGAUCGAGAGGACGCCGUAUUAUUGUUUUAGGUUUCAGAGGGACACGUGGGUUGUUCCCCUUGACGUUGCAGCCGUUCGGUAUAUGCGGCGAAAAAUUGCUCACGCCGGGCCUGGUGGUGACGUAGGUCAAGAUAUCUACGUGCGUGGCGCAGCGCUGCUGCUACCCACUCGCCGAGGGUGGUUUGGUAUUGUCGCUGUAUUUCUCCCAAAGAGGGCGCAGAGGGUGUGUUCGUGGUACCUGGUACUCCUGGAAGGGGUUCAACAGUUCGUUCCAUGCUUCCUGUAAAUUCGAGGACCGAUCUGAUUUUCGAGCAUCUAUCAUAGAUAUCAUGCUUCUGACGAUUAGUUGAGCGAAGCGCAACACCAUUUCCCUGCCAACGCAGGCAGCCACCUGCCACAGUUGGUAAGCAUCGUUUCCUUCGACCCUUUGACAAGGACGGCUGUGCAAGCAGCAACGCAAAACUUCAGAUUGUCGGUUGUCAG